CCCGAGCAGGACCUAGACUAGGCUAGCCUUUCCUCCCUACCUCUCCCGUCCCAUCUCGCUUCCAUCGGCUGUCAGUUGCUGUCUUAUUCCAAAGAGACGCACACUUUUAACAACUACACCACCCAUAACAAUUCUUGUAAGAAUGGCAUCCGCAAGUAGCGCCGCACAGGCCACCUUCGGGCUGGGCCGCAGGAAGAAGAACCCUGGCGUUCUGGAUCAGAUUGGAAAAUUCUUUGGAGGAGACAAGAAGAAGAAGAGCAAGGGUUCUUUCCGUGGUGCCCUCUCUCCUGCCCCCCAGAAAGCGUCUGCCACAUCCCCUCGUAAGCGGGGGCCAGAGAAUGCGGUUGUUCACUUCUUCCGUACCAUCGUUUCUCCCGCCCCCCCAAAAUCAAGGUGGAGAGGACUAGCAGCCAAGAUAGGUCUGGGUGAUCAGAAGUCUGCUAAAGCCAAGAGGUCUAGUGGAGGAGACGGCAAAGGCACCCUGACUAGGAUCUUCAAAAUGUGAUGAUAACAACAGAACGGAAGCCGCAGCUCUUCUCCAGCCAGACGCUGAAGUUCCAACAUUCCUUAAGUAGAAGACAAGGACAAGAAUGAGUAACCUGGGCAAGGAGAGGAAGAAAAUAAAACUUUGUGACCCUUAACUCUCUCCUUUCACUCUGAUAACAAAUAUUACAUAUUCUAUAAAUCCUUUUAUUUGUCAGUCCCCAUGUCUCUUACCCUCACUGGCUGCCAUAUAGGCAUACAAUCUGUUGCCUGCUUGCUUCUUCUUCUGAACGUGACCCUGAAGCCGCUCUGGUGCGUCCUUGACGAACACCCGACACCUGCCAUAGUUGUACAAUGUAUGUGCUUGAGUUUCUGUCCUUAAGCCACCUUUCACCCUAAAAAAAACAGUUGUUCUACAAAAUGACACCUGGAUUAUGAGAUAAAAGGCCUGGUUCGAGUUCUGAACUCGCCUGUUGUUGCUGUUUUUUAGGUGUGUUAAAGGACGAGGCUGCUUCUGUCUUCACUCCUGUCAGCCGUCUGUGUCAUGUCCUUACACUCUCCCUGUGCAUAUAAAGAUGAAUUUAUGUAAUGAUUUAGUAAUACAAUUAACCAAACUGACUUUAUUGUAGAGCCAUGUUGGUCCUAACAUAUAGCCUGUACAACCUCACUGUGUCUGUGUUACGUCUUAAAUGUGAUUAAUAUGUUCGUCGAUGGACAUCGUGGACAUUUUCUGCAAUGAGCACUGAAGCAACACAUAGAUUUGUCAUUUCUGUUAACUUGAAUAUUAUGGUAAAUAGCAGUUUUCCUCUCCAUGCGCAUCACUACUCUUUAAAUAUGCAGUUACUGCCUAUAAAAAAUGUUCAGCCUUUUUUCAGUCUUGAUUCUUGUCUUCAGUCUCGCCAGCUCAAACUGUUACUUUUAUGUGGAUUACUGAAAACAAACACAGUUUCAAAAAGGUGCUCCCUAACUAAGCAGAAACAUUUUGUGGUGCUUCUGUCUGAAUGUCAUAAGUAAAAUUGGUCACAGAAAUGCUGACCAUCCCUUAUUCAAGAUGAAUUAAAAAUGCCAGUGUAUGUGCGGAUGUGUAAAAUGUGGCAUUGAUCUACAAUAAGUGUGCCUCUGAAUCCACUUCCAAUGCACCCUUUGAAUGUAAAGACCUUUCUUGUUUAAUAAUUUGAAUAGCCUCUUACCUGAAAAUAAAAGUGUCAUAUCCCUUC